GCCGGAAAGGGCAGCUGGGAGCGGAGUCAGCUAACCCGGUUUAGGCCGUGGAGGCCCAGGAGCUGCCGGUGGGGAGGGCCGGCUGUCAGUGGGGCCGGAAGGGGCAGCUGGGGGCGGAGUCAGAGAGCCCGUAAAGGCGGAGGAGGCGGCGGAGCUGCGCUCUAGUGGUGGGGCUCCGCGCCUAGCGAGCGUGUCUCUGGUCUCCGGCCGGCCGCCGAGAGCGCAGCGCCAAGGCAUCUUUGCGGAGGGCCACCCCUCGCCCCCUGGGAUAGGGGUGAAGAGUCAGCGAGUUCCCUGUGACAGCCCGGAGCAUAAAAGAUGACAACAGCAGCUCGGCCAACUUUUGAACCUGCAAGAGGUGGAAGAGGAAAAGGUGAGGGUGAUUUGAGCCAGCUCUCAAAGCAGUAUUCAAGCAGAGACCUACCCUCUCAUACAAAGAUAAAAUAUAGACAGACCACUCAGGAUGCCCCUGAAGAGGUUCGAAACCGUGACUUCAGGAGAGAGUUGGAGGAGAGAGAGAGAGCUGCUGCAAGAGAAAAAAACAGAGAUCGGCCAACCCGAGAACAUACAACCUCCUCUUCAGUGUCAAAGAAGCCUCGAUUGGACCAGAUUCCUGCUGCCAACCUUGAUGCAGAUGAUCCACUAACAGAUGAGGAAGAUGAAGAUGAAGAUUUUGAAGAGGAGAGUGAUGAUGACGAUACUGCAGCUCUUCUUGCAGAGCUGGAAAAAAUCAAAAAAGAAAGAGCUGAAGAGCAGGCCAGGAAGGAACAAGAACAAAAGGCUGAAGAAGAAAGGAUUCGUAUGGAAAACAUUCUGAGUGGAAAUCCUCUUCUUAAUCUCACUGGCCCAUCCCAGCCUCAGGCCAACUUCAAAGUUAAAAGAAGGUGGGACGAUGAUGUUGUCUUCAAGAACUGUGCAAAAGGUGUAGAUGAUCAGAAGAAAGACAAAAGAUUUGUCAAUGAUACGCUUCGAUCUGAAUUUCACAAAAAGUUCAUGGAGAAAUACAUUAAAUAGUACAGUUUUAUGUGCUGAAUUGAAGGCUAUAAAAUGUAAACGAUCUGACUUCAUUUUGAUUUAUUUUUCUCUCCCACCCCUAUCUAAAUUGUGUAUAGGCUUCCCUAAUUUUUAGUUCCAAAGUAUCUUUUCCUUUAUUGAUUAAUUACUUAAUAAGGACUUGGGAAUUGAUUUAACCGUUUCCAUCUCAAUAUUUCCAGUCAUGUGUUUUCUCUUAAAUAUAGGAAAAGAAACCUUGUAAUAAAUAUUUUUAAUAAUCUAAAUAGCCAAAUCUGUGUCCCCAACUUGUUUGUUGAAAUGUAUGCAGCUAGUAAAACAUUGCAUAUUUUC